GUACUACGGUACCUGGCCGGAAUGUGUGACUGAGGGGCAAAAAAUGAGCGACAAGGCUUGGGAAGAUGACCAAAAAAACGGCCCACGUCGAGUGCCUAAGAACCCGAAGCGCCGCAACAAGAAAGCCAAGACGGGGACGACACCGCCCUGGACCGAAAACGGACCGGCGGAGAAAGGUCCUGGGGGCGGGCCAGACAAGGAUCCUGGGCCAGAUGGCUCUGGCAUUCUCGUCCAAAUGUGGCAGCUGUCGAAGUGA